UUUAACCCACAAUCAUUUUGUAACAUUGAACAAUGGGCCAUGAAUUCGAACAUACUCCUCUUACUCAUUCCUUGUAUUCAUUUCAGGUUGAGUGGACAGCGCCAGGUUCCCAACAAAUGGAGAAAACAAAGCGUGUUCUUCAUAGCUGUAACAGAAAGUUAGGGCUAUUUUCUGAAAAGUUAAACAAUGUUGUAGGGCUUGAAGCAAAAAGUGAACCAGAUUUCUCCCCAAGUGGUAGUGGCCCAGUAGACAGUGCUCUUGGGACAGACUACAAAUCUGAGAGAAUAGCAGAUUUGGAGAAGACGAUGAGCAGACUGAAAAAUGCACUAGUGUCACUGGAAGAGGACAACUUGAGACUGAACAAGAAGAUAAGAGGAAGCAAAGAGGAAGACAGAAAAUCUUUGACGAAUGUUAAUGUUUUAGGCUCAACAAGUGGAAACAAUUCACAGGAAAUGGGUUCUGAUAACAGUCCAACCUCCAGAAUCAACGCACAUUCUGUCACUUUAAAUAUUGCCCAAACUUCCCCGGGGAUUAGGGAUAUGUCCAAAAUGGAGGAAAGAUGCAUUUUCUUGGAAAAGGAGAGACAGGACUUGCAGGCUAAGCUUUGCCGUAUGAAGGACUACUGCAAGGUGUGCGCCCACGAGCUCAAGAGGAUUCUCCCGAGGUACAAGGACCUCAAAGACUCGAACAAAAUCCUGGAUGAACGCAAUAAGAAACUGUCUGCCGAGAACCGCAGACUCGUCCAUUCCUUAGAGACUGCCGGUCAGUCAGAGGACAAAUCCAGGGAUCUCAGCCAGGCCCGGAACCAGAAAAAACGGGUUGGGCGAAACGGGGCGUGGGCGCGACAAGAGGAGGUCAACGAGCAAUGUGCCCAACUCACCCAGGAGAAGGGCCACCUGGAGGCCCGGGAGGCCUCCCUGGCCAAGGAUGUCAGUCAUCUCACGGGCGAGCCGGAGGUGAGCCGGGACGAUGUCCUUCAGGAGAGGAGGAGACCCCUGGAAGGAAGCACGCCGAGAGGCCUCAGCCCCCCGGCCUUGCCGGGCAGCCGGCAGCCAGCCCGUCUCGAAGAGGAGAACGAGACACUGCGGGGAGACCUAAGACGGAGCGUCGAGAGGUGCUCUGAGGCGGAGGGCAGAGCCAAACGACUGCGGGAAAAGCAGGCCAUAUUGGAGGGUUGCUUUUUCACCCUGCGGAAAGAGAAGGACCUGCUGCAGCUGGAGGUGCGCCGGCUCCACCGGGAGUACCUCGCGCUCAGCGCCAGCGUCGCCAUUCAACUAAGUGGGAGGAGUAACACUACUAGGGUAUUGGCGGGGUCGCUCAAGGUGUCCGGUAUUAGUGAUGGCGGUGGAGCGAGGCAGCAGGAGAACCCCAGGCAACCCCUGCACAGCAGCCCUGUUACCAGAGGAACCCCCCAUCACCCCGUAGGCAGGGAGGCGAUUGACCAGAUACGGAAGCGGUUCGAGGAGGAGGAGCUUAAGAAAGCCCAGAGGUACAGCAGUGUCAUCAGUCAGAGCGAAUGAGGCAGCAGCGCUCGAUCAGGGGGGGCAGGGCUGAAUGGAUCGGAACGGAAUAUAUGUACCUCCCACACCACACAUGAGCAAGGUCGCAGGGGGUCAAGAGAGGUCUUAAACACUGUAGGUUGCCUUAGAGC